GAGGUCCGGGAGAAGAUGGCGGCGGCCGCUGUUUGGGCCCUGCUGGGCCUGGCGCUGUGGCUGUGUGCGGUGGCCGGGGCCGGCGAGACGGAGGGGAAGCGGCGGGCGGGGCCGGCCAAGAAGAAGGACAUUCGGGACUACAACGACGCGGACAUGGCUCGGCUGCUGGAGCAGUGGGAGAAAGAUGAUGACAUUGAAGAGGGGGAUCUUCCUGAACACAAGAGGCCUCCAGCACCAAUAGAUUUCUCAAAAAUUGAUCCAGGCAAGCCUGAAAGUAUCCUGAAACUGACAAAAAAGGGAAAGACUUUGAUGAUGUUUGUCACGGUGUCGGGAAAUCCCACAGAAAAGGAGACGGAAGAAAUUACUAGCUUGUGGCAGGGCAGUCUCUUCAAUGCAAACUAUGAUGUGCAAAGGUUUAUUGUUGGCUCAAAUCGUGCCAUCUUUAUGCUACGUGAUGGCGGUUAUGCCUGGGAGAUCAAAGACUUUCUGAUAAACCAAGAAAGGUGUGCGGAUGUUACUCUGGAAGGUCAGGUUUAUCCUGGCAAAGGAGCAGAAGAAAGUGAGAAAGUAAAAAAUAAAACAAAACCUGAAAAAGCAAAAAAGAAAAAAGACGGGGACAAGAAAUCUAAUAGCAUCAAAGAGGACAACCGAGCAACGAAAGAGAGAGAGGAUCUAUGACAGACGUGUUAACCAGACUGAAUACUGCUCUGCUGUUCCUUGAAGGGAAA